UCGCACCGACGACGACUCGCGUGCUCCCCCACACCACCCCUCCGCCGCUUCGUCGCCGAAACCCUAGCUCGCCGGCGCGGCCGCCCCAAGGGGGAUUGGGAGCGGGAGGCAUGGGGAAGAAGAAGAAGCGGGCGGAGAAGGUGUUCUGCUACUACUGCGACCGGGAGUUCGACGACGAGAAGAUCCUGGUGCAGCACCAGAAGGCCAAGCACUUCAAGUGCCACGUCUGCCACAAGAAGCUCUCCACCGCCGCCGGCAUGGCCAUCCACGUCCUACAGGUCCACAAGGAGUCCGUAACAAAGGUUCCAAAUGCCAAGCCCGAGAGGGAUUCCACCGAGAUUGAGAUCUUCGGCAUGCAAGGGAUUCCUUCAAAUAUACUCGCUGCGCACUACGGAGAAGAGGAAGAACCUUCAUCGAAGAUGGCCAAAGUAGAAGUGCCGACAAUAAGGCCUCCUAUUAUGCCUAAUCAUCCACUAGGCAUGACUUUCCCUCCACGGCCAUAUGGUGUACCCCGACCUAUGUAUAACCCUGCAAUGAUGGUUCGACCUCCUCUUUGGCCUCCUCAGCCACCACAAGCUUGGUUUACUCAACAACCAGCAAUGCCAGUUCCUCAAAUGGUUCCUGGGCAGGCACCACAGCAACCACUAUUCCCCAUUCAAAAUAUGCCCAAUCCUAUGACAUCAGCACCUGCUAAUUUACUUCAGACAUCAUUCGCUAUGACUGCUACUGGGGUUCCUUCACCUGUUACCCCUCAGGUUUCCCAGCCUUUGUUUCCUGUGAACACAACUGGCAAUGGGGCAGCACAUUCCCCAUUCAGUUUAUCUGUUUCACCUGCAACUAUUCCAGCCAGUUCUCCAGCAUCAGUUGUUAAUGCAGGAUUUGGAUAUGUAGCCAAUAACCAAGGUACAGGAGGUCCUGCAGUUGGACUUCCACCUGCACCUGCCACUAAUAGUAAAGCGUCUGGUACUCAACCCGCUACGAGCGAGGUCUAUCUGAUGUGGGAUGAUGAAGCAAUGUCAAUGGAAGAAAGACGGUUGUCGCUGCCCAAGUACCUGGUUGUUCAUGAUGAAACUAGCCAGGUAAGUUCUGAUUUUAAUGUUAUCAAUACCAAUGAUCUCUUGCACAUCAUUGGGCACAAACAGAAUCCUUUGUGAUGAACUUGUGACACAACUUGAACAACAUAUGCGAACUUUGAAAGGGUGAAACAGACAUUAAACCAAAUAUAUUCUUUCAGUAGUUGCAUA